GUUGAUCAGUUAACAUUGCACUGUGCUGUGCCGGUGGUUGACAGCCCGAUUCUUUACCGCUAGUUAUUUUAUCAUACCAAGAUAGGAAGAAAAAGGAAAGCAGGGGGACGAAAGGUCUGAUUAUUCUCCAUAGACAUGACGAUGAACCAUGGAGCAAUUCUGAAAGUGGGUUUGGUUUUCAUGGGAGUUUGCUUGUUCGGUUACAUUGUGGGUCCACCUUUAUACUGGCACUUCAUGGAGGGUUUAGCCACUGUGAGCCAUUCCUCCACCACUUGCGACCCAUGCCCUUGUGAUUGCUCCUUUCAGCCUCUUCUCUCCAUCCCUGACGGUUUAAGCAAUGCAUCCUUCAUAGAUUGUGCAAAGCAUGACCCAGAAGUGAGUGAAGACACUGAAAAGAAUUUCUCAGAGCUGCUUACUGAGGAACUGAAGCUCCGGGAAGCUGAAGCUGUGGAGAAUCAGCGACGUGCUGACAUGGCUCUGCUUGAGGCUAAGAAAUUAACAUCGCAGUAUCAGAAGGAAGCUGACAAGUGUAACUCAGGUAUGGAAACAUGUGAAGAAGCAAGAGAGAAAGCUGAAGCAGCAUUAGAGGCACAGAAGAAACUGACAGCAAUGUGGGAGCAGAGGGCUCGCCAGAAAGGAUGGAAAGAAGGGAUGACCAGGUCACGCACUCGGACUAAGGGAGCUACCCAGGCUGCAUAGAAAUUGGCUAUGGUUUUGUAAAAAAAUUCAUGAGGUCUGACCCCAAGGGCUUGAUAUUCAUGAAUUUGAUGAAGUGGUAUUUAACAAUCUCAUUGAUUUCUAUUGUGGUCAAUAGCGAGUAUAGGCAAAAUUUUCAUUUAUGAAGCCCAUUGAAGGAACCAAAUAUGUUUUUAUAAGCUCAAAUUAGCUUGUUUUGUUGUGUUAGCUUCCAUUUGUAAAACUUAAAAGGUAGCCGUGAGUAAUGUGAGAACAAUGCUGCAAGUAAAGCUGCCUUCUUAAUAAGCUUUAAGAUUUCGCUGUUCUGGUAA